GAACCACCUCGAUAAUUCUAAUCAAUGGCACAGAACUCGCUUGGCCCUGAUAUUGAAAGAGACACGGCGCAACCCAUGGCCCAGAACGGAUCCUCGCCCAAGGAUGGACGCAAGCGCGUCCUUGUCGUGGGUGCCGGCGCUGCCGGCAUGUCCACGGCAUACCAUCUCUCGCAGCAUCGUGACAAGUUCAACGUGACGCUCAUAGACGCGGUCGACUACUGCGGAGGCCAGGCAUUCUCCAUCCCCCUGGACAAGGAACGCUACGGUGCAUCAUGGUGCAACCAGGGCGUCCAGGGCGGCUCUUACAUCUUCCACCACACUCUCACCAUGUUCCAGCGCCAGGGCUUUCAUGCGGAUCCCGUCGAGCUGCAGGUCUCCUUCGGCAAAGACGAGACGUUCUGGUCAAACGUCUUCCCCACGCAGCUCAUGCUCAAGCACAAGAAGGAGGUGAAGCGCCUAGUCACCCUGCUCAAGGUCAUGCGGAUGUUCGAGGUCUUCUUCGCGCUGCUGCCACUCAGGAUGGUCUUCAAGCUGUUCAUGUUCUCAGAGGACUUCAUCAACAUCGUGGCCCUGCCGAUGACAGCCUUGUUCCUCGGCACUGGAAACGCCACGCCCGAGACGCCAGCCAUCAUGUUCGAGCGGCUAUGCACUUCUCCCACGUACGGCAUGUGGUACCACCCAGACGAGCAUUCCGUCGUCAGCAAUCAGCCGCCGAUGGUCGUCUUCCCCAAGUUCUCAGAUUUCUAUUCGACGUGGCAGAAGGACCUUAUCUCUCGCGGUGUUACAGUUCGCCUGUCGACUGAAUUGGUGGAGAUUGUCCAGCGCGGUAAGAAAGGGGUUAUCGUUAAGCUGAAGCCGCGGACGCCAGCGCCCGAUGGGCACAACCCGAACGGAGGAGACCCUGAUGCCCCCACUGCUGAGGAGACAUACGACGAGAUUGUGCUCUGUUGUCUGGCUGAUACGGCAAAGAAGGUCCUCGGCAAGACAGCAAGCUGGAAGGAGAAGCAAGUGCUCGGCUCUGCCAAGUUCAGCGACGACAUCACCAUCACCCACAACGAUGCCGACUACAUGAAGAAACACUACGAGAACUUCUACCGCGAGGACCUCGCCGUGGCCAAGACCAGCGGUGUCGACCAGCAGCCGCGCCUGGACUACGCCAAGACCAGCUUCCGCCCCAUGUACUACAUCAAGAUGUACGACAAGGACAGGUCCAAGCUGGAGAUGUGCUUCGACACCACAAACUACCAGUCGCAGUUCCCCGAGAACGUCCCCUUCGAGCAGCACGUGUUCCAGACCAUCUACCUCAACAAGGACCGCGACGGCAAGCUCUGGUCCGACGGCGAGAUCGACGAGCGCAAGAUCAUCCGCAAGGACUGGUGGCACCAGCUCUGCCACUCGUACACGCACUACAUCCUCGUCAUCCCGUGGAUGAUGUUCCUGCAGGCCAGGAACCACACGCGCUUCGCCGCGUCGUGGACGCUCGUCAACGCCCACGAGGUCGCCGUCAUGUCCGGCAUCGCGGCCGCCGUCGACCUCGGCGCCGAAUACCCCGAGGACCUCGAGAACGACAAGUUCGCGUUCCUGUGCUUCAGGCUGUAUUACCUGCUCGCCUACGGCAAGUGGUACCGGCGGCGGUUCACAAAGGGGAAGACGGCGCCGGCGACGCCGGCGGCCAAGGAGGGCGCGAGCUGGGCCAGCGGGCUCUACGGGUCUAGGUACAAAGGCCCCGGCGUGGUGGAGCAGGAGAGGUCUACCUGGAGGGAGGAGGUGAAGCAGGGCAACAGUACCGGGAAUCUGGCUGAUGGUAAUGCUCCUGGGCGGAGUCAACCGUAGACGGGUCAAAGGGAUGUGGUCAGGCUGCGAGACGUAGCUGUAUGCUGAGCUAUUCAAGGCACAUUGGAUAUGUCUCACAGAUCUAAGCUCCGCUUUUUCUCAACUGAAAUCAGCAGAUUGUCUCGAUUGAAUGGGAGGUAAAGCAGUUGAAGGGGUCUGCCUUUGUUACCUGGUCUCUGUUACCUGGAUGCGAUUGUCGAGUGUCAUUACAUUGUCAAUGUUCGACUCGUUGGACUCAGUAACGAGGCACGACUUCACAACCCACAAUGAGAAAAGGCACCGCUCAAGUA